AUGGCUGCGAAUUCUCAACAGUUUGAAACUAGAGCUGCAGUUAGUGUAAAGUCUGCCAAUGAGGUAAGUGAACUUAAGAAAGAAAUAUGUGACUUAGUUUCUGUUGUUAAGCAGUUGGCGAAGGUGGAAAUUGGACAGCCCACUUUUGUUUGCCAAGUAUGUCAUGGGACUGGUCACUCAGCUGACGUUUGCCCAAGUGCUCCGAAAGGAGUAAUUCCUAAGGUAAACGCCAUUGGAGGCUACAAUUACAAUGGACAAAAUAAAAGGCGGGACCCAUUCAAUCAGACUUACAAUCCUGGGUGGAGAGACCACUCAAAAUUCAAAUGGGGAGGGCAGAAUGAGCAAGCUCAACCUCAUCAUGGAGCUCCGUCUGGUUCAGGCAUGUCCUUGGAAGACAUUGUUAAAAGUCUUGCUGAUAACUCUUUUAAAUUUCAACAAGAUACACAACAUUUUCAGCAAGAUACAAAGAAAGCCAUUGAAGCUUUGGGGACCCAAGUCUCACAGCUAGCCACCUCUAUAAGCAGAUUGGAGAAACAGUCUGGCAAACUUUCGUCCCAGCCUAAGUCAAUUCUUAGUGAGAAUGUUAGUGCAAUCACAUUGAGGAGUGGCAAGGAGUUGGAGCCACCUGUUGAGUCAGUAAAAGAGCCAAAAUUAGAGAAUCCAGAAAUUUCUUCUUCAGAUCAAACCGUUUUUCCACCACAAAACAAACAAGGAGUAUCUUCUCACCCUUAUCCUCCUUUAGAUGCAUAUGUGCCUAAAGCACAUUUUCCUUCCAAGCUUGCUAGGCUAAAAAAACCAGUUGCAGGCAAGAACAAUGAGCUUUUGGAGAUGUUUAGAAGGGUAGAGAUAAAUAUUCCUCUCCUCGAUGCCAUCAAACAAAUUCCUAAAUAUGAAAAAUUCUUGAAGGAGCUUUGCACGAGGAAAAGACAAGCCAAAGAAAAGGAAAUGAUGGUGAUAAGUCAAUCCGUAUCUGCAAUCCUACAGAAAAAUUUCCAGAAAUACAGAAGGAUCCAGUACCUAAUUGAAACUGGAGUUAUCAUACAAUUAGCUGAUAGGUCCUUUAUACACCCAUUAGGAGUCAUAGAGGAUGUCCUAGUUCAGGUCAAUGAGUUGCUUUUUCCUGCUUAUUUCUAUGUCCUUAAGAUGGAAGAGCCCACAUCUAUCUCAUCUGCAUCAAUCUUGCUUGGGCGGCCUUUUGUGAAGAUGGCUAAGACUAAGAUUGAUGUAGAUGAGGGCACUUUGUCUAUGGAGUUCGAUGGUGAGUUGGUCAAGUUUAAUAUUUUCGAUGAUAUUAAAACUUCCACCAUAGGGCAAGAACAUUCUUUGUGCUAG